AUGCUCAAAGCCAUACAAUUCUGUGGCUCUCCGUCGCAGCAAAUAGUACAGAGCAAUUUUGAUCUACCAGCCCCGCAAGGUAAUGAGGUGCUCAUUCGAGUCACCCAUAGCGGAAUUUGCGGCAGCGAGCUUCAUAUGUUGAGCCGGCCACUUGUACUUGGACACGAGGGCGAGUGGAUUGACCCAAUUUCCAAGGCUUGCUUUUGUGAGAGUACUGACUAUGAGGAAACAGGCAUCGGAAUAGUCGAAGCAGUGGGACCAGGCUGUAUACGCGUACAGGUUGGGGACCGAGUUGGCUGGGGUCCAAUCAAUGCUACCUGCGGGACCUGCGAGUUCUGCUGCAACGGCAGAGACAAUUACUGCGAGGAUAUAAAGCUCUAUGGCUUUGACUCCUAUCGUCUUUCUGGGUCACUGUGUAGCCAUGCAUUACGCAAGGAACAAUGGCUCUUUCGCAUUCCCUCGGCCCUGUCGUCUAUUGAUGCAGCACCUUUGAUGUGUGGAGGCGGGACAGUCUGGGCCGCCUUGAUGGAGCAUUGCCGUCCCUUCCAUAGGGUGGGAAUCGUUGGCAUUGGGGGACUCGGCCAUCUAGCGAUACAAUUUGCCGCUAAAAUCGGAUGCCAUGUCUCUGUUUUCUCUACGACGCCGGAAAAGGAGGAAGAAGCACGUUGCCUAGGCGCUCAUCAGUUCUUUUGUAGCAGUACCGGCGCUGAGCGCGUGUCGCUAUGCGGCGAUGGUUCGAUCGACCGUCUUCUCAUAACAUCCUCCUCGAAAGCUGAUUUAGGAUUGUUCUAUUCCACGCUUCACCGCAAUGCAGUUGUCGUGUUGCUAUCAGUCGGAGAUGGCGAUCUUUCUGCUCCUUACAUGCCAACUCUUCUCUCUGGAAUGAGUAUUGCCGGCAGCUGCAUGUGCAGCCGCUACAUGCAGACCAAAAUGCUCGACUUUGCUGCACGCCACGCCAUAGCAUGUACUGUGGAGCACUAUCCUAUGACAUUGAAGGGUAUUCAAGACGCGAUAGAACGACUACGAAACGGCCAAAUCCGGUACCGUGCGAUUUUGAGCUGGGAUAGCGCUAGCAGUGUCGGUGUGCAUGAAAAAUGA